AUGCUAGAUGUGCUCCUGGAACAUUUUGAUACUUUGCGCCCCGAAUCGAAGAGCAAGAUCUGCAUUAGCAAUCCAGAAACGAUUCAUGGUGCCGCAAGCAAAGGAGACUCUGGCAUGUUGCGAAAGCUGCUCCGCCGUGGAGGAGAGGUUAAUGCAGUGGACGGCCAAAGAAGAACAGCUUUGCAUCUUGCAGCGAGUAAUUGGCACGAGAGGCUGCCUAGCUACUACUCAACCACAAAUCCAUUGAUCUGGCUGCGCUGGAUCAAAGAAACGGCACGCCGCUCCACGCAGCUGCGAUGGGUGGAAAUCUCGCAGUGGUAG